GCUCAGGAUCUCAGGACGGGAACAUGUGAGCAGGGAAUGGGCGACUGGAAACAGGAUUAUUGUUCUAAACAGCAGAGAGACGCAGGAGGGGCCGGGGACAGGAGAGACACGGGGACACUGUGACACAUCCGAGGAGAUUUUUCUUUUUCUUUUUUUUUCUUUUUUGUUAUUUUUGCGCAUCAGCGAAAUCCGGGAGGAAUAUUCUGGCCAAAGAUGAACACCAUUGUGUUUAACAAGCUGAGCAGCCAGGUCCUGUUCGAGGAGAAGGCGAAAGAGGUGGAAAUGAGCAGCAGAAAUUAUCUAGAAGUCAUGGACGGGCAGCAUCCAGACCUCCUCUCCAGCAACCAGACCAUCAGAGACAACCAGGCCAUCAGACACAGGCGGAGCGGGGGUCGUCCCAGCGGCGGUAAAGUGCGACACAAGCGUCAGGCCCUGCAGGAUAUGGCGCGGCCGCUCAAGCAGUGGCUCUACAAGCACCGAGACAAUCCCUACCCCACCAAGACCGAGAAAAUCCUGCUGGCCCUCGGCUCGCAAAUGACCCUGGUCCAGGUCUCCAACUGGUUUGCCAAUGCCAGGAGGCGACUGAAAAACACAGUGAGGCAGCCAGACCUGAGCUGGGCACUCAGGAUCAAGCUCUACAACAAAUACGUGCAGGGCAACGCCGAGAGGCUGAGCGUCAGCAGCGACGACAGCUGCUCAGAAGACGGGGACAACCCUCAGAGGACACAGAGCGGCCCAGAAGAGCUCAACAAGCCCAUGUACCAGAGUGUGAUCAAGAAGGAGGGCUCCUCCAUGGUGGGCAUGGCCAUGGGUAUGGGUAUGGGUAUGGGUAUGGGCAUGGGCGCGGGGCUGCGCUCGGCCGCCGAGGCCGCCUCACUGGCCGAGGACUACGUGUCUCCACCCAAGUACAAGAGCAGCCUGUUGCAUCGCUACCUGAACGACUCACUGCGCCACGUCAUGGUGGCCAACGCCGUCAUGGACGCUCGCAAGAGGAACCACUCCGGCUCCUUCAGCUCCAACGAGUACGACGACGAGCUGCUCUCGCCGUCCUCCUCUGAGGCUGAGGCAAACUUUGUUUAUCGGGCUGCCCCCCCACCCCCCCACCCAGCCGUUUGAUCCUCAGCCCUCUCAGCUGUUUAGCAUUACAUUCAGAUUGCUGUUUACAAGAAGCCAGAGGAUAGACUUAAAAGUUUGACUCUCUACCCCUAGCUUUUUUUUUGUUUGUCUUCAAAAAUACAUUCCAGUAUUAUCUAUUUGUCGGCCAAGUAAGUGUUCAAAGUAUCUGUUAUUGUCAGUCUGUAUAUGUGUGGUUGUUUUGUUUUUGAUCAAAACUUUGUACUUGGUUUCACUUAACCGUACCGCAUUAAGAGCUUCUUUUGUCAUCCAAUGGAAAGAAUCUCCUUUAUAGAAAGUACUUAUGUACGGUGCAUAUGUUAUAAACGUUUGCGGUGAACGAUGCCAAGUUCACAAAGUGGGAGAAAUCAAGUUGGGCUUAUGGGAGAAACUGAAGUUGGCUCUCUAUGCUGACUUUUUAAUUUUAUGUAUAUCUUCAAGGUACUGUUUAUGUGUGUCAAAAUGUACACUCCUUCAUAAAUUGUGCAGUUUUAAUUUUUUGGACAACCCAGACUGUGUUAAAGUCAAGGACUUUGAGAGGGAGUGAAGCUGCACAAAGUGACUUUUUGACCUUCUUUAUGUGUCUUGAAUGUGCAAACUGUAAGCUGCAGUUCUUGGUUUUCAAUCAGAAAACACACAGCCUCCAUUGAGAACUUAUGGAUGAAUAUGUUUUUACAUAAAGGUGAAGAGAAGGAAAAGAAAUGAAGGACAACCCUAUAUUAUUCCUGUUAGCGUGCCGAUGGAAGUAUAAUGAAAUCAAUCGCACUAGCCAAUCCCCAGGCAGUAUUUGCUUUUCAGUGGGGGUUGUAGGCUCCCACAUGUGUUUUUUAUACACCUGAUCCAGGCAGGGUAGCUGCGGGGUAGUGCCGGGCCGGCUCCUUGUGUUUCUAAUCGCACCUCUGAACCUCUGGACCACUCGCGACCCUCACACCUCACACGAUACCCGCUCUCUGGGAAGAGACAGAGCGAGGGAAGGAGGCUUCAGAGACAACAGAGCAGCCUUUGUUGGUCCUACCUGCAGUCCCUCCCCAACAACGACACUACGAGUAAAACAAAGGGGUUUCUACGGCCAAGACUUUGGUACUGUACAUGCCUUUCUCCAGCACAAGCCCUGCUAUCACAACCAUGCUGACUAAUGGAAAGCAACGGUAUGUAUUAAAGCCUAUAAAUUAUUAUUACAGACUUUGUAAAAACAAAGAAAGUGGUGACCAUAGUUUGUUUUUUUAUUGUUAAGUUAUAUAAAUUGAGAUUUCUUUUUGUUUGUUUUGAAAGAGACUGGAUUUUCAAUCCAAUGACCAAAUGCAUAUCUCCUCCUUGUUGCUCUCAUGUAAAAUUUCUUUUAUAAAAACAGUUGUUUCUUGGUCAAAGCAAUGAAUAAACCUCUGAAUGAAA